CAGAGAUAGAGUCGGCUAGGCAGCUGAGAACGGCGGCUGCCGCCGGUGACUCAGGGAGGCGGGAGGCGGGGUAAGAGCGUCACGGCCUCGGCUGCGGGGAGAAGAGGAAGAAAGGCGAAGGCGCCGAUCCCGUCGCCCCCGCGCCUAGGCGGAGGAGCCCUUCCUGCCGGCGUGGAAACCAUGGUGCUCACGCUCGGAGAAAGUUGGCCGGUAUUGGUGGGGAAGCGGUUCCUCAGUCUGUCCGCGGCCGACGGCGGCGGCGACAGCUGGGACGUGGAGCGUGUCGCCGAGUGGCCCUGGCUCUCCGGGACCAUUCGCGCCGUCUCGCACACCGACGUGACGAAGAAAGAUCUGAAGGUGUGUGUGGAGUUUGAUGGGGAAUCUUGGAGGAAGAGAAGAUGGAUGGAAGUCUACAACCUUCAGAGGAGAGCAUUUCUAGUAGAGCAUCAUUUGGUUUUGGCUGAGCGACAGUCACCUGCAAUUGCUGAACGAAUUACUCAGUGGCCUGCAAUAAUGUACAAAUCUCUGUUGGACAAAGCUGGUUUGGGAUGUGUAACUUCCAUUCGCUUCCUAGGAGAGCAACAAAGCAUAUUUCUUUCCAAAGACCUUUUGAAGCCUAUACAGGAUGUAAACAGUCUUCGGCUUUCCCUUACCGAUAAUCAGAAGGUCAGUAAGGAAUUUCAAGCCUUGAUUGUGAAACAUUUAGAUGAAAGCCAUCUCUUACAAGGAGACAAAAACCUAGUUGGCUCAGAAGUAAAAAUUUACAGCUUGGACCCAUCUACCCAGUGGUUUUCAGCAACUGUUGUAAAUGGAAACCCAGCAUCAAAAACACUUCAAGUCAACUGUGAGGAGAUUCCAGCACUGAAAAUUGUUGAUCCAUCACUGAUUCAUGUUGAAGUUGUACAUGAAAAUUUUGUGACAUGUGGUAAUUCUGCAAGAAUGGGAGGUGUAAAACGCAAGUCUUCUGAGAACAAUGGAAGCUUGGUUUCCAAACAAGCAAAGUCUUCCUCUGAGGCCUCUCCCAGUGUGUGUCCUGUACAGUCUGUUCCCACAGCAGUGUUUAAGGAGAUCCUGCUCGGCUGUACUGCAGCAACUCCACCCAGUAAGGACCCGAGACAGCAGAGUACUCCCCAGGCUGCCAAUUCUCCACCUAACCUUGGAGCAAAACUCCCUCAAGGCUGCCAUAAGCAGAGUUUAUCAGAAGAACUUUCUUCCUGUCUAAACACAAAGCCUGAAAUACUGAGAAUAAAACCAGACAUCUGCAAAGCAGGGUUGCUGUCUUCGAAGUCUUCUCAGAUUGGAACUGAAGACUUGAAAAUCCUGAGUGAACCCAAAAGUGGUUGUACCCAGUUGAAGACAAACGGUGAUCAGGAAAACAGAUUGGAAUCUGUCCCACAUCCGUUGACAGGCCUUGCUAAGGAGGGCUUAUCUACAAAGACUGCUAAGGCAGAACUGGACCUUGCCAGUACUCCCGAACUGCAAAAGCACCUGGAACUUGCACCCUCCACAUCUAAUGUUCUCUGCAGUAAGCCAGAAGUGAAAGUGGGUGCUAAUAGUGCUCGCCCUAAUGGCUGUCCAGAAAACAAGGUAGAAUCUUCAACUUUAGGUUGCCGGCCACAGAAUUUAAAGGAGACUUCAGCGAAAGUAGACAAUGAAAGCUUUUGUACAAGAAGCAACAAUAAAAUCCAGAAUGCCCCAGCUCGGAAGUCAGUUUUAACAGACCCUGCGAAACUCAAGAAGCUGCAGCAGAGUGGCGAGGCCUUCGUGCAGGACGAUUCCUGUGUGAACAUCGUCGCCCAGCUGCCCAAGUGCCGCGAGUGCCGCUUGGACAGUCUGCGCAAGGACAAGGAGCAGCAGAAGGAUUCCCCUGUGUUCUGUCGCUUCUUUCACUUCAGGAGGUUGCAAUUCAAUAAACAUGGUGUGCUGCGGGUAGAAGGCUUCUUAACACCAAACAAAUAUGACAGUGAAGCAAUUGGCUUGUGGCUACCUUUGACCAAAAAUGUUGUGGGGACUGAUUUGGACACAGCAAAGUACAUCUUGGCCAACAUUGGAGACCACUUCUGUCAAAUGGUGAUUUCUGAAAAAGAAGCUAUGUCAACUAUUGAGCCACACAGACAGGUUGCUUGGAAGCGAGCUGUCAAAGGUGUUCGAGAAAUGUGUGACGUGUGUGACACCACCAUCUUCAACCUGCACUGGGUGUGCCCUCGGUGUGGGUUUGGGGUGUGUGUGGAUUGCUACCGCAUGAAGAGGAAGAGCUGCCAGCAGGGGGCCACCUACAAGACUUUCUCUUGGCUAAGAUGUGUGAAGAGUCAGAUACAUGAGCCAGAAAACCUAAUGCCUACUCAGAUCAUUCCUGGCAAAGCCCUCUAUGAUGUUGGAGACAUUGUUCAUUCAGUAAGAGUAAAAUGGGGAAUAAAGGCGAAUUGUCCUUGUUCAAACAGGCAAUUCAAACUCUUCUCAAAGCCAUCUUCAAAGGAAGACCUAAAACAGACCUCCUUAGCAGGAGAGAGGCCAACGCUCAGUGCCAUGCUCCAGCAGAGCCCCUCAGCAUUGGAGCCAGCAGUGGGGGGAGGGGAAGCAGCCUUGAAGCCAGCAGCCUGCAUGAAGCCUGCCUGUCCAGCCAGCACAUCGCCUUUGAACUGGCUGGCCGACCUGACCAGUGGGAAUGUCAAUAAGGAAAACAAGGAGAAACAGCCAGUGAUGCCAACUUUAAAGAAUGAAGUCAGGUGCCUUCCACCUCUUCCCCCUCUGAACAAAUCUAGCUCAGUGCUCCACACCUUCAACAGCACAAUUCUGACACCUGUGAGCAACAACAACUCUGGUUUCCUCCGAAACCUGUUGAAUUCUUCUACAGAGAAGACAGAAAAUGGACUCAAGAAUACACCAAAAAUCCUUGAUGACAUCUUUGCUUCUUUGGUGCAAAAUAAGCCGUCCUCUGAUUUAUCCAAGAGGCCUCAAGGACUGACCAUCAAGCCCAGCAUUCUGGGCUUUGACACUCCUCACUACUGGCUGUGUGAUAAUCGCUUGUUGUGCUUGCAAGAUCCCAACAACAAGAGCAACUGGAAUGUGUUCAGGGAGUGCUGGAAACAAGGGCAGCCAGUGAUGGUGUCAGGAGUGCACCAUAAAUUGAACACUGAACUUUGGAAACCCGAGUCCUUUAGGAAAGAGUUUGGUGAGCAAGAAGUUGACCUGGUUAAUUGUCGGACCAAUGAAAUCAUCACAGGAGCCACUGUCGGAGACUUCUGGGAUGGAUUUGAAGAUGUCCCGAAUCGUCUAAAAAACGACAAAGAACCAAUGGUGUUGAAACUUAAGGACUGGCCACCAGGAGAAGAUUUUAGAGAUAUGAUGCCUUCUAGAUUUGAUGACCUGAUGGCCAACAUCCCACUACCCGAGUACACCAGGCGAGAUGGCAAGUUGAACCUGGCCUCUAAACUGCCAAACUACUUCGUCCGGCCAGAUCUCGGUCCCAAGAUGUAUAAUGCUUAUGGAUUAAUUACUCCAGAAGAUCGGAAGUAUGGGACAACAAAUCUUCACUUAGAUGUGUCUGAUGCAGCUAAUGUCAUGGUGUAUGUGGGGAUUCCCAAAGGACAGUGUGAGCAAGAGGAAGAAGUCCUUAGAACCAUCCAAGAUGGAGAUUCUGAUGAACUCACAAUAAAGCGAUUUAUUGAAGGAAAGGAGAAGCCAGGAGCCCUCUGGCACAUAUAUGCUGCUAAAGACACAGAGAAGAUAAGAGAAUUCCUUAAAAAGGUAUCAGAAGAGCAGGGUCAAGAAAACCCAGCAGACCAUGACCCGAUUCACGAUCAGAGCUGGUAUUUAGACCGGUCACUGAGGAAGCGUCUUCAUCAAGAGUAUGGAGUUCAAGGCUGGGCUAUUGUACAGUUUCUUGGGGAUGUGGUGUUUAUCCCGGCAGGCGCUCCGCACCAGGUUCAUAAUUUAUACAGUUGUAUCAAAGUGGCUGAAGACUUUGUGUCUCCAGAGCAUGUCAAACACUGCUUCUGGCUUACUCAGGAAUUCCGUUACCUGUCACAGACUCAUACCAAUCAUGAGGAUAAAUUGCAGGUGAAGAAUGUUAUCUACCAUGCAGUGAAAGAUGCAGUAGCUAUGCUGAAAGCCAGUGAAUCGAGUUUCAGCAAACCCUAACCCUGCACAUUGGAAGUGAAUCGUUGGCAGCUGUUCAAACUCUUCAGGCAGGAUUCCUGUGGACUUUGAGAUUUCAUGUUACCUCAUCUUCUUUUUUAAAAUAUACCCGACUUGUGAGGGUACUCUUGUCUAAUGUAUAUUUCUAGUGUUUACAGACACUAAAUGUGUAUAUGUAGUAACUAUUUCCAGAAAUGCAUCCUUAAACUGUGACUUCUUACCUAGUGCAGAUCUUUUACCAAGCUGUAAAAACAAAACCUUGGAUCAGCUCUGGAACAAUACCUGCAGUUAUUCCCUAGCUGUUUGUUGGGACAGCUUAGUCAAAUGAGUUUAUAACUUAGGAAUCACUGCGCAGUUGAUUUGGGUUUUAUUCUGUCUGUCCCAGUUCCCAGUCGUCCUAGUCAUCCCAGCUGUUGUCCCCAUCCCCACCCCCCACCUGCCCACUUGGGCACAAAAAAGCAAUGGAGGAAGUGACAGCUAAUGAUGCAGUUCUCAUUGGAUUGCAUAGAACCGGCACUAUAUAGCGGAGAUCAACUACUGUACAAUUCUUGGGGUUAACCAUCUUUAGUUAAAUGGAAUUUUAAUUUAAAAGAAGCUUUGCUAAUUUUAAGUGUAAGCAUUUUGCAUUAAAAUAUUCAUAUAAUAUUUCAUUUAGUUUAUUGACAUCCUCUGACUAUGAAUUUACAUCUUUUAGUAAAUGCAGGUAUAAGAGAUUGCUGCAAGCUCUUUUCAACAGCAAAGUAAUUAAGUACUAUAGUGAUUUCUUAGUGAUUAUUACAAUGCUGACAUGGAAAAACUUUCCCAAGACUGGUAGAAACUGUUUUCAAAGAAAACUGAUUGAUUUAAUUUACAAAUUGGAAUUAACAACAGAGUAGUGACUGGCUAGCUAGUCCUAAAAUGGUAAGAGAUUGAAAUAAUUUGUCUUCUGGUCCUUUGUAUUACAGAAGAAUUUACAAAGGAGAAGUGCAGCCACAGCUGUAAUAUGAGGCAUUUUGAAAUCAAGUGUGAGGCAGACCACAAGCAGGGUGCUGACCUCUGGCCAAGUGGGGGCAGUCAGGAUCCCUAUGUGCCACCACCCCUCUGGAAGCCCAACCUUUAAAACUGGGGAAAGUUGUCCAAGAAAUGUCUUUAGAAGUUCCUUUAUUCAGAUUUGGAUCAAGAAUAGGAAAAGUAGGAGCCCCACAGAUAAUUAGAUAAAAAGACUGUCCCUCAUAAUCUAAUGUAACAAGAAAGACAAAAAGUUGCCAGCCAGGGGUGAUGGUGCAAGCCUAUAAUCCCAGCAUUCACGAUGAGUUUGAAGUCAAUCUAGAUUACAACAGGGUAAAACCUUGGUUCAGGAAACAGCAACAGACCAAAAGGACACAAUAAGCAAGAGUCAGUCCGAUCUUCCAUUAGUCCUAUGUACAAAAUUUACAGAUUGUGGAGUGAUCCAGUACAUACUCUGAAAUGUUUAAAUGAGUAAAGAUUAUGUCUGAGGCAGUACCAGACAUGACCAGGCUUGGGGG